GUUUUGGCGACGGGACAGUGGUCGUUCGGAACACCGUCCUGCACUUCCUCGGAGAUUGCUGAGGAGGACAUGGCCUUUUUCAGCCCGCGUGCCUCGUCGUCGGCGCCGGCGCUGCCGCUGCCGCCCCCGGGUUUGGAGAAACCGAUUGGCGAGCCGCCGUCGUCGAGUUGUGCCGAGUACCACACCACCGUGCUGUUCCGCAACGUGCCCUACGUUUUCACGCGAGACACGUUCGUGGAGCUGCUGAACUCGCAAGGCUUCCAAGGGAAGUUUGACCUGGUGUACGUGCCUAUGGACUUCAAGACGAACCGGGAAGCCUCGGGCUGGGGUCUCACUGUGGCGGCCCCCGGAGGCCAUGCGCUGCUGGAUUACUGCGGCCCCACAGUCACCAACGUCAGCGACCCUUGCUACAUCGGGGCCACACAGCACUCCAACAACGUCGGAGAGCUCAGCGCCCUCUUCUUCGGCCUCUCGUGGUUGCGGGGCCACUUGAGCACUGCCGCGCGGCAGCCGGCCAAGGCGAUCAUUGAGUACGACUCGGAGUACGCGGCCGGUGUCAUUCAGCGGCGGACCCGGGCACGGCAGAAUCUCACGCUCGUGCUGAGAGCCCGCCACAUCUACGACCAGAUCUCUUCUUCCAUCGAAUGGCGCAAGGUGGAAUCCCACACGGGCCAGUUCUUGAACGAGAGAGCGGACCAUCUCGCCAAUUGCGGUGCGAGUGGCAUGUACUGCGGGCUGCCGGAUGCGACCCGGUGGGCCCAAGAUACUUCAGGCUGACCUUCUGCAGCACGAGCAGGCAGCCCCAGAACUUUCCCAUUGCAUUUUAUUUCAUUCUUUGGUGAAUUGUUCAAUUGGUGGUUUGCGACGUGCUCAAUGCUGUAUGUUAUGGGCUAAUUCAACACUUGUGGCUCAAACUGUUGUUUCACCAUCAUCGUCACCUUCUUCUCCUCCUUCUUCCUCUUCGUCAUCAAGUGACUCGGAGGGAGCAGCCGGCUCGCCCCGGCGUUGUGUACUGCCAGCAGAUGCUCGUCACGCGGUCUACCCAUACUGUGGGAAUGUUGUAAGAGCAUGUUGUUCGUCUGAUCUAUGGUGUCAGAGGAAUUGUCUGUGGCCUUGCUGCUCUUCGCAGCUGGGCAUGCUCAACGAGCGACAAUUGGUUUUCUGCGGUCAGGAAGCCCCUGAUCUUUGUCAUUUUAUGCGUUUGUGAACGCGGUGGACGCUGAGGUCGCCCUCUGUCUCUUUGUCACGUUCCAGGGCUUCCAGGCGUGGCCCAAGAGGAGCUCGAAACCGUGCAACGUGUCCUGGAGUUGCCGUCAGGGCCUCGAGAGCAACGUCCGAACUUACCGCAGCCUCCCGGUGAUGCAGGCGCACGUCCCCGACGCCUGGAAGCCGGCCGUCUUCUCGAAGGGCAGCGAGGUGCCCUUCCCCGCGCCCACGGGGAAAUUCAGGCGCAACCGAAAGAUCCUCCACUGCGAUGGCGAGGCGCCGCGGAUCUGAGAGGUGCGCAGUGUGUAUGACCAACGGUGGAAUGCGCAGUGAAGCUUUUCAUCAUGAAGCAUUGCAACACAAAGCAUGGUGUCGCACAGCGGCGCAGAACACAACACCGCACAGCAUGUCAUGGCAUGGUGCAAGGUAUUUGUUGGAGGGUAAGUGAAUCGUCUUCGAGAGGUCUGAGCCGUUCUAGAGUCGUGGCUCCAUGUCUAGCUCCUUGGGCUCCCCGAAAAGCUCCACACAAGGCUGGGCUGAUGGAGAGCACCUGCUGGCUCUGCUUCCAAAAUCGCUUUCUCAAAACAGGAACAUGGCUCCCGCUUGAUACUUCCUGAAA